UUUGGUUUGUUUGUUUAAAGUUUUUGCGCAAUAUUCACAUUUAAUUAAGUAGUUGUGCCAACGCGCCGCGUCUACGACGCGAGUGUUGGAGUUAUUGACCAGUCAAAAAAUAUUUCAAGUUCCUUAGUUACCCGUUAUACUUGAAAGUACUUGCAUUGCCGGUUCUCACUGUGACCAGCUUGCAGGAGCUCAACUAUGUCACUAGCAACUGCAAUGGAGGCAGAGGCAGUUUGUCUGAAGACAGAGCCUGGAGAGGCGUGUGUGAAGACGGAGCCCGGAGAGGUGUGUGUGAAGACGGAGCCCGGAGAGGCGUGUGUGAAGACGGAGCCCGGAGAGGUGUGUGUGAAGACGGAGCCCGGAGAGGCGUGUGCGGAGGAGGAGCGGGAGCGCGAGGACAGCGCGCGGGGAGUGAGCGCGGCGGCCGCGCGGGCCGGGCUGUACACCGGGCACGAGGUCAAGGACGAGCUCGUGCUGGGCCCCGAGGAGUGGCACCGCCCGCAAGUGCUCCCACUACCAGUGUGUUCCGACGGCGGCCGCGCCCGGGAACAGCUCGCGAUGACCUGUUCCGUGGUGCUCGAGCGCCUCCGCGGCGACGCGACUGCUCACAGUAGAGACAAACCAUAUGUCUGCGAACACUGUGACAAACAUUUUAUAAAUACAUCCGCUUUAAAGAAACACAUGCAGUGUACACACUUAUCAUUAGGACUCAAGAAAUUUGCUUGUGAUGUUUGUAGUUCUAUGUUUGAAACCAAUUUACUUCUAGUAGAGCACGAGAAAAGCGAACACGGUGUUACGAAUUUCAUCUGCGCUGAAUGUGAGUACAGAACGUGCUCUAAGAAAGAUUUAGAGCUCAUCUAAAGAGCCAUUACAAGAACGAACGGAAUGGAAUGACUCACCAAAUAAUUAAAGAGAAGCCGUACGCUUGCAAUCAGUACGACUACAAGUCUCUUUACAGUUCCGAAUUACGAGAACACCAAAGGACACAUACUGAGAAGCUUUUCAUGUGUAGCUCCUGUGAUUACAAAUGCAGUGCAAAAUCACGCUUAAAUAGACAUCAGAUGGUACACACUGGAUAUAAACCCUACAAAUGUAGUCAAUGCAACUACAAGAGCGCAGAUAGUUCAGCCUUACGAAGUCAUGAAAGAACACAUACUGAUGAUAAGCCAUUUGAGUGUAACCACUGCGGUUACAAAUGCAAGGAUAAAUCACGUUUACGACAACACCAGAAGGUACACACUGGAGAAAAGCCUGAAAAAAAAAGCAAAUGUAGUCAUUGCGACUACAAGUGCAGUAAUAUUUCAGAAUUGCGAAGGCAUGAAGUCGUUCACACUCGCGAGAAGCGGUUUCAUUGUGACCAGUGUGAUUACAAAUGCAGUCUGAAGAAAUACAUACGAUCACACAUGAUACUUCACACUGAAGCGAAGCCAUUUAAAUGUAGCCAUUGUGACUACAGAAGCAAGCAUAAAAGCUACUUACUCGUUCACCAAAGAAUCCACACUAAAGAGCCACACACACGCACGUCACACACACAGCCGCAGCGGUUCACUUGUAGUCAUUGCGACUACAAGUGCAGAUGUAGUUCAACCUUGCGAGUGCACGAAAAGAUGCAUAGUGGCGAGAAGCCUAUCGAGUGUAACCAUUGUGAUUACAAAUGCUAUGCGAGAUCAUAUUUAAAAAGACAUCAGAGAAUACACACUGAGGAGAAACCAUUUAAAUGUAGUAAUUGCGACUACAGGUGCAGGCGGAAAGCACACUUACAACUUCACCAAAAAAUACACAACAAAGAGAAUCCGUACACUUGUAGUCAUUGCGACUACAAAUGCAGUCUAAGUUCAAGGUUGCGAGACCAUAUGAAGAUACAUACUGAUGAGAAGCCAUUUGAGUGUAACCACUGUGACUACAAAUGCCGUCGGAAAGCACACUUAAUAAAACACCUGAUGACGCAUACUAAGGCGAAGCCAUUUAAAUGUAGCAAUUGCGAGUACAGAUGUGGGCUGAAAUAUAACUUGCAACUUCACCAAAGGGUACACACUAAAGAGAAGCCAUACAGCUGUAGUCAUUGCGACUACAAGUGCAGUCAUAGUUCAGAUUUACGAGGGCAUGUGAGGACACAUACUGGUGAGAAGCCAUUUGAGUGUAACCACUGUGGCUACAAAUGCAGUCGGAAAUCAGUGCUAAUAAAACACCUGGUAACGCAUACUGAGGCAAAGCCAUUUAAAUGUAGCUAUUGCGACUAUAGGUGCAAGCAUAAAGAUUACUUACGAGUUCACGAAAGAAUGCACACUAAAGAGCCACACACACGCACGUCACACACACAGCCGCAGCGGUUCACUUGUAGUCAUUGCGACUACAAGUGCAGAUGUAGUUCAACCUUGCGAGUGCACGAAAAGAUGCAUAGUGGCGAGAAGCCUAUCGAGUGUAACCAUUGUGAUUACAAAUGCUAUGCGAGAUCAUAUUUAAAAAGACAUCAGAGAAUACACACUGAGGAGAAACCAUUUAAAUGUAGUAAUUGCGACUACAGGUGCAGGCGGAAAGCACACUUACAACUUCACCAAAAAAUACACAACAAAGAGAAUCCGUACACUUGUAGUCAUUGCGACUACAAAUGCAGUCUAAGUUCAAGGUUGCGAGACCAUAUGAAGAUACAUACUGAUGAGAAGCCAUUUGAGUGUAACCACUGUGACUACAAAUGCUGUCGGAAAGCACACCUAAUACAACACCUGAUAACGCAUACUAAGGCGAAGCCAUUUAAAUGUAGCAAUUGCGAGUACAGAUGUGGGCUGAAAUAUAACUUGCAACUUCACCAAAGGGUACACACUAAAGAGAAGCCAUACAGCUGUAGUCAUUGCGACUACAAGUGCAGUCAUAGUUCAGAUUUACGAGGGCAUGUGAGGACACAUACUGGUGAGAAGCCAUUUGAGUGUAACCACUGUGGCUACAAAUGCAGUCGGAAAUCAGUGCUAAUAAAACACCUGGUAACGCAUACUGAGGCAAAGCCAUUUAAAUGUAGCUAUUGCGACUAUAGGUGCAAGCAGAAAGGUUACUUACGAGUUCACGUAAGAAUGCACACUAAAGAGAAGCCUUAUACUUGUAGUCAUUGUGAUUACAAAUGCAGUGACAGCUCAAGCAUAUCACGUCACCGGAAGAGGUGUAAAGUCAGAAAGGCGAAGCCUAACCAGUAGCGAGAGCGAGUACUAGUGCGGCCUGGAGCCUGCGGAGGCGCCGGGCGCUCGCGGAAGAGAAGCUUCGUCAAACAAGUUCUCCUCUGAGGCUUCCUGCGCUUAGACUUAGAUCUAAAUUUGAUAAUUCAAUGAGUAGUGGGCAACGUAUCAAGUUAGGCCACCGCUGAAAUUAGCGCUAUACCUUGCCGCUUGCUUGAGCUAGUACGCCUAGUGCUCGGGAAUCCUGUCCAAAUGUAUUUUUUGUUAUAUUUUCAAAUUAUAUACAAAUUGCUUUGAUUAUAUGCUAAA